CGGAGUGAUAGGAGGCUGCGAGUUCCCGGGCAGACGCACCCAGUACUGCGAUACGUGACGGCAUUGCGUCGUGCUCUUCGCAUGGUAUCGAUCGACAUUCGAAACGGACAGAACGGUCAGCCUCGUGGCUCGAAUGGAUCAACGAGCGUGGCAGAGCCAUUUGCAUGGGAUUAUGAAUAAGAAUCGAAGUGGCGAAAUCCCACGGUGUCAUGCGCAAUGCAUAUGUUGAGAGGCCUCAACGUGGGUAGAGUACAAGCUACGCCACGGGACGAAGCAGUAUACUACGAGGGAGGAGACUGGUGCGAUGAAUGAAAAGUGAUCAUCCCGCAUGCCUCUCGCCUGACGACCUUCACCCCAUUGAUCGUACUAGUGUUUGUGGUUCGUGGUGGGUCGAAGUUCGUUUUCUUCCUUCCACUCCGCAAUGGGCGAGACUUUCGACGAAGACCGAGACCUCGACCUCCCGUCCCCCCUGCCGAAAAUCGUGGAAAUGACCCCGGUGUUGGACGGCGGGAAGGGCGAGGUCCAGGUGAGAGAACGGGCCACCUGGGACAAUAAAGCCCAGUUCCUCAUGGGGGUCAUCAGCAUGGCCGUGGGACUCGGCAACGUCUGGCGAUUCCCCUAUCUCUGUCAAAAAAAUGGUGGAGGUGCCUUUCUCAUCCCGUACGUGAUCCUCCUCUUCCUGGAGGGAAUGCCUAUCAGCCUCAUCGAGAUGGGAAUCGGGCAAAAAAUGCGGCAGGGAUCCAUCGGGGUGUGGAAAUCAAUUCAUCCGGCCUUGGGUGGGCUCGGGAUCUGUUCCGCCAUCGUCUCCUUUCUGGUCGGACUCUACUACAACGUCGUUAUCACGUGGUGUUUCUACUAUCUCUUCAACUCCUUCCAAAGCCCCCUGCCAUGGGCAGAAUGUCCGGUGGACAACAACGGUUCCGUGGUAGAGGAGUGUGCCCUGUCUUCGGAAACGUCAUAUUUUUGGUAUCGAAACGCCAUCGAUUCGUCCACGUCCAUCGGGGAUCUCGUAGAGAUCAAAUGGUGGAUGUGUCUAUGCCUCUUGCUCGCCUGGUUGGUCGUCUACCUCUGCAUGAUGAGGGGGAUCCAGUCCUCCGGCAAGGUCAUGUACUUCACGGCCAUCUUCCCGUACAUUGUCCUGAUCAUUUUCUUCGGACGAGCCAUCACGCUGAAGGGAGCCGAUGAAGGACUCUUACACAUGAUUACUCCUCGGAUUGACCGCUUGAAAGAUCCUCAAGUGUGGAUGGAUGCAGCGACGCAAGUGUUUUACUCCAUGAGCCUCGCCUUUGGAGGAUUAAUUGCUUACUCCAGUUACAACCCUCCCACCAACAACUGCGUCCAAGAUGCCUAUGUUACAUCGAUCAUCAAUCUUCUUACUUCCAUCUUCACUUCCAUUGUAAUCUUCUCCGUCCUUGGGUUCAAGGCGAUGCUCGCUUUUGAGAGCUGCGUUUCGAAGAACAAAAAGAUGGUGACCGACUUACUGUUGGCGAACCCCAUCGCUUCGGUGGAUCUCAGCGAUUUCAACGCUUCAAUGCUCAUCUCGGAUGAGACCUACGAAAUGAUUAUGAAAGAUCCGCUAUUCAACAUCACCAGUCACCAUCUCGACUUCAACCUCCACAAGUGUGAUCUCAGCCAAGAACUCGAUAAGGCUGCAGAAGGGACGGGAUUGGCGUUUAUCGUCUUCACUCAAGCCAUGGUGGAACUUCCAGGUUCCCCGUUCUGGGCCGUGCUGUUCUUCCUCAUGCUCCUGGCUCUCGGGCUGGGCUCCCAAUUCGGCACCAUGGAAGGGGUCAUCACGAACAUCUUCGAUCUCAGCCACGACUUCCACACGAAGAUGCUCCGGAAGGAGGUCCUCACGGGGAUCCUGUGCGGGGCAUGCUUCCUCGUCGACCUCAUCUUCGUCACUGGGGCCGGGGAAUACUGGGUCACUUUGGUGGAUUCCUUCGCCGCCACCACUGGUCUCAUCUUCAUCGGUCUCUUCGAAGUCGUCGCGGUUGCCUAUAUUUACGGAUGGCGGAGAUUCUCAGAUGACAUCGCGCGGAUGACAGGGGUGAGGCCGGGCCUCUAUUGGACGUUCACAUGGAGGUUCAUUUCGCCCAUUUUCAUCGCCAUCAUCUUCCUCUCCUCCAUGAUCAAAAGCUUCCUUCAUAAUCCGACAUACGAUGGCAAGACGGAGAAAGAGGAGUUCCCCAACUGGGCGGUAUCCAUCGGUAUCGUAUGCGUCCUGCUGAACGUGCUCCCCCUGCCCGGGAUCUGUCUCUGGUACUACUUGAAGAACUACAAGAGCCGGGGCCAAACCUUCAUUCAAUUCGUGACGAGAGCCGAUACCACCGUCUCCCAGAAGCCCAUGAUGGACGAUCCCGACGUACCUCCGUACGAGGGUGGAGGGGAAGACGAUGAGCCGAGCGUCAUCAUGGCCAUACCACCGAAGCGAGCAGGCAACUUCCAGAUCGAUGUUAUCGAAUGAAUCCCCCGCCCCGUGUCUCCCUCAUGAUAUUCAGGACUCCGGUGUCCCUUCUCCGGAAACUGUUCGAGUUCACCAAUCUCAAGUGGUGGGAUCUGCGUGCGCUUAUUUUUCUUUUUUUUUGUUCUUUCGUUCUUUCCUUCGGAGUCGGGUGUUCCCAAGUGUUCGUGGAAAUCGCAUUACUACCGAGGACUCGUCGACUCAUGCUCAGCCCGAGUGUGUCUUUGAGGACUGUGACUGUGG